CUGGGGAUCACGCCACUCCCGCGCAUGUGACGGUCAUGCCAGUGUCAAACAACACUGGCCUGUGACCGCAACUCUUUUUGCAAGGAUCACUCGUUCUAAUUCUAUUCUUAUAGACGUGUUUAAAAUCACAGUGCUUUGAAUAAUGCCUCCCCACCAACAGGCGGCAUCGUGGGCUUUAUUCGAGUCGGACGCAACGAAAGACGCCACCAUAGUACCGCCCUCCGCGGACAAGCGAGAAUGGAAAAUAGUUUGGAGGAAUGUGAUCCUCUUUGCGUUCUUGCACGCGGGCGGUGUCUAUGGUGCCUAUUUGUUCUUUACUAAAGCGAUGUGGGCGACCAGACUGUUUGCUGUGUUCUUAUACCUGUGUUCGGGUUUGGGCAUUACAGCAGGCGCUCACAGGCUUUGGGCACACAAAUCCUACAAAGCUCGCUUACCGCUGCGCAUUAUGCUAACCAUUUUCAACACUAUUGCCUUCCAGGACUCCGCUUUGGAUUGGGCAAGGGACCAUCGAAUGCACCACAAAUACUCGGAGACGGAUGCAGACCCCCACAACGCCACCCGCGGUUUCUUCUUCUCUCACAUUGGAUGGCUGCUGGUUCGGAAACAUCCUGAGAUCAAGGCCAAGGGACCUACAAUUGACAUGAGUGAUCUGAAGGCAGAUCCAAUACUUCGGUUCCAAAAACGGUACUACCUGAUCCUGAUGCCACUGGCCUGCUUCAUCCUGCCCUCAUACAUUCCAACGCUAUGGGGUGAAACCUUGUGGAAUGGGUACUUCGUUUGUGCCAUUUUCAGAUAUGUGUAUGUUUUGAACGUGACUUGGCUCGUCAAUUCUGCUGCACAUAAAUGGGGUAGCAAGCCUUACGAUAAAAAUAUCAACCCAGUUGAAACGAGACCAGUAUCGCUUGUCGUAUUGGGAGAAGGCUUCCACAACUAUCACCACGUUUUCCCUUGGGACUACAAAACAGCCGAACUCGGCAAUUACUCUCUAAACUUGACGAAACUCUUCAUCGACACAAUGGCCAAGAUCGGUUGGGCUUAUGACCUCAAAACCGUGUCACCUGAAGUCAUCGAGAAACGCGUCAAAAGAACGGGAGACGGCUCACACGAAGAGUGGGGUUACGAAGAAAUACACGAGUCUCCGAGUGAAAAAGUGUGCCAAGACUAGUAUAUAUUAUGUUCUACUAAACUAGAUAUACCAAAAAAAUACAUACAGGAAGAAGUAUUCUUUAAGUUGGAUAAAAUAUGAUGCGCAAUGCUGGUGUUCAAGGAACUGUUUCGAGGGAUUUGUUAUGUAAAGAUUAUUUAUUUUAGUAUGUAUAUGUAUUAGUAAGCUCAUAUUUUGUACGUGUUAUAAAGGAAAAAGACUUAUAUUUAGAAUUUUAGAAAUAAAUAUUUAACAUACUAC